AUGGCAGUGAGUGUUAUGGGGGAAGAUCUACCCCCGGAGCUGUUUACGGCAGAUUUGGGCUGGCAGACGGCCGUGGUUAGGCGCGCGGCCAACAAGGAUACCCGUGCCAGGAGCUUGGUGACCAAGAUGGAAAGUGUUAGACCUAAGGCUGAAGUGUCUGCCGGCGCGCGGCAAAGUGGAGAUAGAGUAAAGAGACAGUUAAUCAAGGCCGGGCGAAUGCCCCUGCUCCCCAAAGAAGACGCCAAGAUCAUAAUUCGUCCCAAGGGCGGGCUCGCCGUAGCCAGGGUCGGUGCAACCACCGUUGGCAGAGCAAUAAUGGAGGCGGCAGGGAUCGAGGAUGCCAUGGCUGGGGCCGACGUCAUCUGCCCAAACUUGCAGCAGAACAUCGUGGUGGUCAGCACUCCAGAUCGAGAGCAUGCAACGAGGUACACUAGAAUCAAGGCCAUCAGAGUGGAAAACAAGCCCUACGAAGUCAGCGCAUAUGAGGCGGCUCCGCAUUCUACGUGCAAGGGAGUGAUAAGGGGCAUUCCGUUGGGGGACGGUCCGGGGGCCCUAGAGAGGAACAUCGUUAACGAAAGGAACCCCCUGGCGUUGAGGGCCAAGAGGAUCAAGAACACGGGAACAGUCAUCGUGGCUUUCGAAGGUUUGAAAGUGCCGAACUUUGUGCGUUACGGACCAGUGUUGGUGCGAUGCUCCUUAUUCCGCAAACAGGUGGACAAUUGCUACGCGUGUGGCAAGCUGGGUCAUCGAGCCGACGUAUGCCCGACCCCGGAGGCCGUGACAUGCCGGGGUUGUGGUGUGUCGAACCCGGACGAUCAGCACCAAUGUACUCCGAAAUGCAAGCUGUGCGGGGGACCACACGUGACAGCAGACAAAGUGUGCCCGCAGCGAUAUCAAAUUCCGUACGUCGUGAGGAGAAGAAGGUGGGAGAAGGCGACAGAAGCUUCUGCAAACCAGGCGUCAGACACGCCACUUGGCAGCGCCGGCGGGGGCGGCCGGGACAGCCAGCCUUCAGCACAAGGAAGUAGGGGACGCUCCGGUUCCAGGGGGCGUUCGCAUUCUAGGGGACGCUCCCGUUCCAGAGGGCGCUCCCGUUCCAGAACCGGAUCCAGAUCCCGGUCUAGGGGGCGCUCCAGCUCCCGGCGCCGAGGAGGAGGAGGACGUGUCCGGUUCGAGAGGUCCCGGUCUCGGGAUCGCCAUCCUGUGGGCCAGCCAACCUGGGCCGAUCGAGUUCGCAAUGGCACUACAGAACAGGUAACGCGGGGUUCGCCGCCAGAGCACAGCAAAGAAAGCGAGAGGCUUGCACAACUCGAGCGUGAGAAUAGGAUUAUGAGAGACACGAUAGCUAGUCUCAUGGCUGAGAUAGCGGAAAUUAAGAAGGUAGGAGGUACACAACCUGCCGCGGAAGAUAGGCAGACGCCACAGCCGGCGGAUACACCUAUGGCUGAGGAAUGCGAGACGGAGAGGCCCGCCAAAAAGAGGGCCAUAGUUAGAGAGCAAGACACGCCUACGGGUAGGGCUAAAUCGGAAAUUCGCGAGAUGCUCUCUUCCCUUAGCGAGAGCAUGAAGCAGCUAAGCGAGACGGUCUCGCACAUUCAGGGCAGUAUGUUGGCCAUGGAGGAGAGAUACAACCAGCGAUUUUGCAAGAUUGAGGCGUUCUUAGAGAAUGUGGUAGCUCCAACCGUGGGGCCGAGGGCGCUGUCACUCCCGUCGACGGCUUCGGCGGCACAGAACGUGAGUGUUCCUCACAGGACCAAUUCAGCAACGCAGCUGCAACAGCCACAGGAUGGCUGUGCAAACUAAUUCAUUCAGAAUAUGGCAGUGGAACUGCAGGGGGUUUCUGCACAAAAGGGCCCCCUUGCAGCAAUUUAUUCGCUCGCACUCGGAAAAGCCUCACGUAGUACUCCUGCAGGAAACACUAACUAACAGCGUCGUGCUGCCCGGCUACCGGUCUGUCGCAAAACACGACGAAGGAAGAGGAGUGGGUGUACUGAUCAGCAAAAAGCUUACCCACGUCGUUCAUGACCUCAGGCUGGCGUCGAGCAAGGUCGAACACGUCAUGGUAGAAAUCAUUCCCGGCCCGGCGAACAGAGAGAGCAUCUUUGUUUUGAAUGUGUACAGCAGUCCCAGGGAUCUGAGGCAACGCUUCAGAGCCCUUGUCUCCAAAGCUGCACAUCUCGCCAGAGGCGCUCCCCUGGUCGUGGCGGGUGACUUCAACGCUCCGUAUCAUACGUGGGGCUACCCGUAUGACACCCGUAAAGGGGAGGACCUAUGGAGAGAGGCAAUAAAUCUGGACCUGAUGUUGGUCACGGACCCUGCCUUCCCAACCAGGUGCGGUACGUCAUCCAGCCGGGACACGACUCCGGACCUCACUUUCGUCAGGGGAGUGGCAGAGGUGAACUGGACAAACCUUAACAUGGACUUUGGCAGCGACCACUACGUCUUGGCCACCGUCCUUCGGAUCGAGCAGAACAGACAACGCAAGUUCCGAUUCACCGACUGGGACAAGUUCCGCAAGCUGAGAGAGGAGCGGACCGGGGAAGAGAGGCCCGACCUGGAGCGAUGGAUUGCAGAGAUUCGUGAGGACAUUGAGGGCGCGACCAAAGAGGUUAGCACAGACCUCCCGGUACAGAAGAUGGACAGCAGGCUGGCGCACCUACUCGAGGCCAAGCAGUCCCUUCUGGCCAGAUGGAAGGGUCAGCGGCUCAAUCGAAGGCUCCGCAAGAAGAUUGCCGAGGUCAACAGAAGCAUCGAAGAGCACUGCAAAGUCCUUUCCAGACAGCAAUGGGAUGAAGUUUGCAACUCGAUUGACGGCCAGAUGCGGAGCGGGGGGUCCUGGAACCUCCUAAAGCAUCUGCUGGACGAGACCAACACCAAGUCGAACCAGCGGAGCACGCUGGGAAGAGCGCUGCACGGGGCCAGGCAAGAAUCCUCGGACGAGGAGGUUAUGGAAAGGUUGAUCGCGAAGUACUUGCCGGUAGCCUCCGGUCCGGCGUCCCCCAUCCCAGAAUAUGGGGGCGUCGCGAACCCGGAGCUGGAUGCGGAGUUUGGUGUCGAGGAGAUCCGGCGGGCCCUGCACGAUUUAAACGGCAGGUCGGCCCCGGGUCCGGAUAGAGUUACAAACAAGGCACUGAGGAACUUGGACGACAAGUCGGUGGAGUACCUGACGGACGUUAUCAACAAGAUGUGGAACGACGGAAAAGUACCGGAGAUGUGGAGGAGGGCUGCCACCAUUCUCAUCCCCAAACCGGGCA